CUCAUUUUAAAAGUCUAAGUAAAAUUGUAUUGGUUCUUACUUCUUUAUGCCCAUUUUUCUGUAAAUGUUACCCUUCAUCACCGAUCAAAUGACAAUUUUAAUGGUAAAACAACCAAAAUUAAAUAAAUAGCACACAACCAUGGCCAUCAGUCAUCACCCAUGAGCCAUGAUGCAAUACUACGCAACAGAUAUCAAUAAUAUGUUUAAUUAAUUCAAAUUAAAAUUAAUCAAAUUUGCUUUAUUGCGAUAACACAACCAAUAAGCAAGGGGAGUGAGGAAUCACAAUCACUUCCCAAUUCCCAUCUCUUUUGGUUUGUUUCUUUGGUCUCUUGGGAUGCUUCAAAGAUUCAAUUAAAAGUAAACACCUUUAAUUUCAUAUUCUACUAUUUCACAGGUAGAUUGAUUCUGCUGCCAUGGCAGAUGUCAGCUUCCAUUAACCUUCUUUCUUUCUUCCUUCUUCACCUUCUUCUUUGCUAUAUAUAUUUACCCUUUUCUCUUUCAAUAUCCAACUCUCCCAUCUUUGCUUUUCAACUUUCAAUGUUUAGCUAAUAGGGCACUUGUUUUUCUUUGAUAAAUUCGCUUAUUCUUCCGAUGUCAUUAAGUGAUUAUGUGUAUAAAUGCGAAUUUUAUUUUAUCCACAAGAAAUUACUAGAUGCUGAUUUUCUCAUAGUUUUAUUAUUCAAUGCCCAAGUACAAAGCACUUUAGUGCGCUAGGUACAACCACUGCUUCUUCCUCCUGAUUGUAGGUCCAUUACCUUUUUUAAUUUUCCUAUUAGAUGAUAUAGUUUUGUGGUAUUUUUUUAUUUUCUAAUUAAUACUACUCUUUCCCAACUUGGGUUUUCUCCUUUACUCAUUUCUUUUAGAUUUAUCCAUUUGGGUUUCUUGUUUUCAUCUAAAUUCUUCAAAUUUUGUACCUUUUCUAAAAAAAAACUUGUGGGGUUUAUUUAGAAGCAAGAAAUUUGGAGAUGUGUUCAAAAAAGAGCAAACAUUCAUCAAAUUCUGAAACUUUGCAAAAGAUUUCCUCAUUUCCAGAUGAAGUAUUGGAGAAAGUUUUAGGCUUUCUUGAAUCCCAUAAAGAUAGAAGUUCAGUGUCAUUAGUUUGUAAGGAUUGGUAUAAUGCUGAAAGAUGGAGUAGAACUCAUAUAUUUAUUGGUAAUUGUUAUGCUGUUACACCUGAAAUUGUUGCUAGAAGAUUUCCAAAGAUAAGAAGUGUUAUCUUGAAAGGAAAACCUAGAUUUUCAGAUUUCAAUUUGGUUCCUGAAGAUUGGGGUGCUUAUAUUCAUCCUUGGCUUCUUUUCUUUGCUAAAGUUUACCCCUUUUUGGAGGAAUUACGAUUAAAAAGGAUGAGGGUUAGUGAUGAAAGUUUGGAAUUUUUGUCUUUGUCUUUCCCUAAUUUCAAGAGGAUUUCUUUGCUAAGCUGUGAUGGGUUCAGUACUGAUGGUCUUGCUGCUAUUGCCUCUAAUUGCAAGAACUUAGUUGAGUUCGACAUUCAGGAAAAUGGAAUUGAGGAUCGCAAUGGUGACUGGUUGUGUGGCUUUCCUGAAAGUUUCACAUCAUUGGAGAUUCUUAACUUCUCCAAUAUUCAUACCAAAGUCUGCUUUCCUUCUCUCGAGAAACUGGUAGCCAGGUGCAAAUCUUUACGUGUUUUGAAGGUGAACAAAAAUGUAGACUUGGAGCAAUUGCAGAGAUUGCUUGUAAAAGCUCCUCACCUGACACAACUAGGCACAGGGUCCUUCUCACAGGAGCUCCAGCCUUCCCAAUUUGCGAGUCUUGAGAGUAUUUUUAACAACAAUUGCAAUCUACAAACCGUUUCGGGUUUAUGGGAAGUCAAUCCGGUAUAUUUGCCUGUUCUUUAUCCAGCUUGCGCAGGGCUGACAUUUUUGAAUCUUAGCGAUGCAGCUUUGCAAUGUGAUGAGCUUGCUCAGCUUCUUGUGCACUGCCCGAAUCUUCGGCGUCUUUGGGUGUUGGACACUGUUGGGGAUGAAGGUCUGGAAGCUGUUGGAUCCAGCUGCCCUUUGCUUGAAGAACUCCGGGUAUUUCCUGCAAGCCCGUUUGAAGAUGCUGAUAUUGCACACGGGGUUACCGAGACUGGUUUUGUUGCAUUGUCCUAUGGAUGCCCUAAGCUCCAUUAUGUCCUUUACUUCUGCCGCCAAAUGACAAAUGAAGCUGUCGCAACCAUCGUGCGAAACUGCCCUGAUUUUACUCAUUUCCGCCUCUGUAUAAUGAAUCCUGGUCAACCUGAUCAUUUGACAAAUGAACCAAUGGAUGAGGCUUUUGGCUCGGUCGUAAAAUCUUGUAAGAAACUCAGAAGACUUGCCGUUUCUGGUUUAUUGACCGACCUAACUUUUGAAUAUAUCGGGAAAUAUGCCAAGAAUUUGGAGACACUUUCUGUGGCUUUUGCCGGAAGUAGUGACUUAGGUAUGAAAUGUGUUCUGGCUGGUUGUCCUAAACUGAGGCGGCUGGAAAUAAGGGAUUGCCCCUUUGGUAAUUCUGCUCUUCUGUCAGGAUUGGAGAAAUACGAAUCUAUGAGAUCUCUCUGGAUGUCGGCUUGUAAUGUCACGAUGAGUGCUUGUAAACUGUUGGCAAAGGAAAUGCCUAGGCUGAAUGUUGAGGUCAUAAAGGACGAGGAUACCGAUGACUGCCAGGCGAAUAAAGUUUAUGUCUACCGUACUGUUGCUGGACCUAGAAAGGACGCCCCUCCUUUUGUUGUCACGCUUUGAAAUCAACAUAUUUGCUCGAUGAAGUUUCAGAUUGUUGAUGGAGAAAAACACACAUAGCAGAACUUACUAUCCGUUCGCCAUCAUUCUCUGGUGUUAGCCCAUAACUAAUACGAAAAAAAUCAGCAUGUUUUGCUGUUCAAUGGCUCCCUCUUGUGUAUUUAAGUCUCGGAAGCAGCUACAACUUCUUAAGCUUGGACUUGAAUACAAAAUUCAUGAGAGGAUGUAGAUAAGCUGCAAACCUGACUCUAGAAGGACUGAUCUCAUCCGAAGCACUGAAACUCCAAAUGUUCCGAAACACACACUGAUGCGAUCAACGAAAAAUGACUAUGGAGCAGCGAACAACUGACGAAACCCAUAUCGCCAAAUCCCGAGAAAUAUGCAAAGGUUGUAUUAUACAGGAUGAGGCCUUUUCAGGCGAUUAAUAUUCUGUACAUGCUGUUGUAUGAUUUUAGUCCUGUAUUGUGCGGAGCUUUCUCUUUCACUAGCGCAGGGUAUAUAUUUCCAUAGCUUCAUAGCAGCACGUUUUGUAGCCGACAAAAUGUAUGUGCUGGGCAUGUAAUUGUAUUCGUGUAUCGAUUUGUGAAUUUUCUGUGAAUCUUCAUCUGUAUUUUUAUUGAUGAAUGGAUCAAAAACAGUUAGCUUUCUACUUAA